UCCAUCUGUGUGUGCGCACGUGCAUCCGUGUGAGUCGAAGACCGUCAUUCGACGUUUUCGCGUUCUCGUCAUGAGAGACGACCAGUUGCUAUCAUGUCGCAUUUUUCUCUCUCUCAUAACCGUCGCCAUGUCGUCAGAUCCGAUUCGUUUCACUCGUCCUCCUAUGUCGUUGUACCUCACCAGAAGUGACGGCAUCCAUCCAAAGAACGGCAGUCUCCACUGUGUGGCUGAUUGCGUUCAUUCGACGUGUUAUCCCAUCAUGUAUAGCUGGCUGUACAAUGGGACACUGUUGCAUAAGAGUACGUCGAUUAGGGAGAUGUAUGAGAAUGGAACGAUCUUUAUUGCGAAGGUCAAUAGAAGGGUUGCUGGUUGGUAUCAGUGUAGGGCGGUUGCGGUGAGAGGCGGUUGGGGUGUGAUGUCUGAACCUGUGGAGGUCAAGCAAGUCGUUUUUUCCAACACAUUUCUCCACCCACCAAAGUCUCGAUCAGUUGUACGCCACAUGCCUGCUGUAUUCCAAUGUAUACCAUCACCCAUGAUCCCACCUGCCGUCAUCACAUGGCACUUCAACCGGGAGAUUAUUACGUCGACGUCUAAGCAUCGUGUAUUGCCUCACGGCGAGUUGUUCAUACCAAAUGUGACUGACGAAUUGGUUGGGAAAUAUAAGUGCAUAGCAACUAAUCCGGCGACAGGAGAGGCCAUCAAGGAUGGGGCGACGUUGACAAUAGUAAAAAAUCAUUUGUCUAUUCUUAAGCCUCGUCGCAUGUCGCUCAAUCAUCGCAGUUUUGUAGUCAAUGCGGGUGAAGAAGUUGAUAUCGAUUGUGUCACUCAUUCUGCUGAGUGGCCUGAUAGAGUAACGUGGACACAAAACAGAAGGCCCGUGUUCACGUUUGAAGGCGAAAACGUAAAGAAGUCUCAAUGGUAUUGUUUAAAUCUCGGUCCUGUGAGUUCUGAACAUGCUGGAGAGUAUGAAUGUCAAGUCGCAUUUGGAAGAGUCGAAUUCAAAGUUACCGUAAACUUGACAGUAAAAGAGCCUUUGGUUACAAGUGUGCAGCCUUCAUCAGUCAUCAGCCUAAGUCCCACCCACUUAAACACAACCAUUACAUGCAACUCAUCCGGCUCCCCACAUUCUACGCUGGCACUUUACCAUAACACUCAACUCGUUAACACAACCAGUGGUAUAAAUCAACUGAUACACACUACACACGAAAUAGGAAUCUACCAAUGUGUGGCAAACAGCAGCGUCAGAUGGUCGUCUCAACAUGUCAUCGUUAGUGGUAGUUUGCCCACAUUUCCAGACGGUCGGAAGGAUUUCUUGUCUCUAAACGGAACGACAACUCUGGAAUUACAUUGCAACGCAAUCGGAGUUCCUAAACCCAAUGCCACUCGAUGGAAAUGGAGACGGAACGUUGGAGAUUCAUGGAAGAAUUUGUCAGCGAUUCAAGGGAAGACGACGGUCAACGAAGAUUUGUUAAUCGUUGAGGAUGUGGAUCAGGCCGAUGGUGGAUUGUACAUGUGCAUUUCUGAAAACGUGAUUGGAAAGGAGAAGAAGGUUUGGGAUGUGACAAUCAUAGCCGCGGUUCGUCACAUACCCACCUCCUCUUAUACCCCACCUCCAGUACUAACUCCUACUCCUACUAAACGAGACGAUCCGAUAUUUAAAAUUGAGUCGAUCACCAUGACGACGGCUACGACUGCAAGACUGUAUUUGUCAAUGAGAGGUGCACUUGAUGAUGUCUCAUUCGAUGUGAAAUAUGAGUCUUCAGAUGGGCAGCAACAAGAAAUGGUUCAUUUGGAUCAAUACAGGAAUUAUGUUGAUUUAUUUAAUUUGGUGCCGGAAACACCUUAUCAUAUCACUGUGACUGUGAGUGCUGGGACGUAUCGCCUGGAUGAUUCUCUCCAUUUCAACACAUCAGAUGCAAAACCAAGCGUACAGCCCAUCAUCACCCAAGUUUCUAUAAUAUCUCCCUUCACCAUCAGAGUCAACUGGAGUCAACCAAGCCUCCCACCGUACCAACCAGUACUCGGUUACAUUGUCCAAUAUCAACAAGACGGCACCAACUCCAUCUACGACAUGAGAGUCACAAAACAAAUGUUCACUCCAAUCAAACGACUCGAAAGCAACACAACAUACAAGAUAUGGGUGAUGGCAUUCAACGAAUACGGACAUGGUAUAAAAAGUCACACGAGGACAGUCACAACACCCCAAGUUGAAGUCGUAACUAAAACAACUGAUCCUAGUAAUCCUGAAAGCAACACAGCGACGGAUAAUAUAUCGUUGGGUGUGAUAUUGGGUGUUGUUGGUGGAGUGUUUGUUGUGGUGGUGGUUAUUAUCGUUGUUGUUGUGCUGAUGAGACGGAAAGACACCAUAAGCAAACAGAAAGCACAAAUGGAGGCGGUUGUUGCGAAGUGGGAAGAGGCAAAGGACACGACAAACAAACAAUUGUAUUUUAGCGAACCAGACGACACAACUCCCAGCGACUCAUUCCAUGACUCACCAGAACACAAAAAGUCAAGAAUCUUCGAACCCAUCGUCAUACCACCAUCAGACACCAUGAACGAAAUUGACGAUUUCGUGCCCGGAUACGCCUCAAUAGGCGACCAAAACGAAUCCGAAACGCGACAAGAACCCACCGACUCCAACCAUCGGUCAAACACGUAUUCACAACAAUCACCUCACGACGAUGGCAUCCCGGACUACGCAAAGGUCAACGAAUCAACGAAGAAGAAAUAUCGAUCGCGCCAAUCAAUAAUAAAAUUGAGCAUGAAUUCCAACUUGAAUUCAAUAGACGACAUUGCAGUGAUGGAUUACGCCGAGCUGGACAUGCCGCCUGGUGGGCCACCGCCGGUCGUAGAACCCGAGGACAUGGUUGAUUACGCAGAGAUCGACUUCACACAGACGCAUACAGAGUGACGAGUUAGUGUGAGAGACAAGCGUUUGAGAGUCGUUUUUAGGUAGAUUGACGGCCGAUCUACAUGUACAUUUAUUUGGACAAUUUUGGGUAAGAGUCGAGGCGAUAAGUUUCUGAUAAGCAUUAGAGUUGAAUAGGAGUGUUUAUUAUGAGA